AUGCCCCGUAGAUUCGAACCGUCUCUACUCGAGCUCUCGCCAGAAUUCAUCUCUAUGACUUUGCUACUACAUGAGUCACCAGUUCUAGAAAGUUUUCAUCUCACCAGAUUUUUUACAUGGACCGAUUCAGAGAUUGAACUCUGGGUUGGAUAUGCAGUUUCUCGUUUUGUGCGUGAUCUUGUGAUACAUUUUAUGGCUGACGAUGAACUUUGCCCGGUGAUUCUUUUGGAAGUUCCUAGUACGGUUAGCUUUCAAUCCCUUAAAACCCUGUGCCUUGAUCGUGUGGGGUACGCAAAUGAGGAAUCUUUCGUUAGGCUUAUAUCCAGCUCCCCUGUUCUUGAAAAUUUGAUUGUACAAAGUUGUAGGGACGACAAUGUGGAUACUUUCACCAUUAAUGUGCCUUCCCUUUUGCGUUUAUGGGUUUACAACUUAGUUCACGGCCAUGAUCACUAUAAUCGGUUUGUGAUACAUUCUCAUUCUUUGAACCACUUGACUAUUCUCGAUGAGUAUGGUGAAGUUAAUCUGAUCGGUGAACUGCCUGAGCUGGUGGAGGCAACUCUGCAUCUUAUAGGAACCAAAUGGAAUGGUUGGGAAUCUCUUACCUUUGUAAAACGUCUGUCUCUAACCUUAGAUUAUAUGGAUGAGUAUCCUAUUCGUUGCAUUUUCUUUCAGCUUGUAUGUUUGGAGUUCUGUGGAAUUUGUGAGGACUGGUCGAAGGAGCUUGUACAUGUGCUCCAACAUUCCCCUAUACUACAGAUUCUCAAGGUUGAUAGGAUACAGGACGCUGGGGAAAAGGUUUGCUGGAUUGAGCCGAGUUGUGCUCCUGAAUGUUUAUUGUACAAUCUCAAAACCUUUGAGUGGACAGACUAUGACGGAACAAAAUUUCAAAAAGAAGUGGCUAUUUAUAUCUUGAAGAAUGCAAGACGAUUAGUGACCGCAACUAUCAGCCCUUUCUCAAAGGCAAGCCUUGGCAAACAACAAAUAUUUGAUGAAUUGGAAUUUGCAACCAGGGGUUCAAGAGCAUGUGAGCUUACAAUUGCUUUAUAG